GCCAAAUCGAGAUGAUGAAGUUUGCGAUUGCAUCGACAGCGAAGAGAUUUGUUCACCGGAAUCUUCUAGUUAGAGGUAUUCCUGAAACUAAUUCUCCCUGCGAUUUUCGUUGCUGGGAACGAGCUUUCUCUGGUGAUAGUUGUGAUUACAGAGAGAAGAUUAGAAAUGGGUUUCUGCAGAAUAUUAAAUUAGAUGAUGCAAUUGGUUUGUUCGGUGAGAUGGUAAAGUCUCGUCCUUUUCCUUCCAUUGUCGACUUCAGUAAAUUGUUGAGUGCUAUUGCGAAGAUGAAGAAGUUUGAUGUCGUCAUCUCUAUGGGAGAAGAGAUGCACAAGCUGGGGAUUCGACAUGAUCUCUACACUUACAAUAUUUUGAUAAACUGUUUUUGCCGCUCCUCUCAGCUCUCUUCUGCUUUCGCUAUUCUUGGGAAGAUGACGAAACUCGGGCAUGAGCCCAGCAUUGUCACACUUUCCACGCUGCUCAAUGGAUACUGCCAUGGGAAUAGGAUUUCAGAUGCAGUCUCUCUGCUUGAUCAAAUGGUGGAAUUGGGAUACAAACCUGAUACCGUCACAUUCAACACUCUGAUUCAUGGGCUUUUUCUCAACAACAAAGCUUCCGAAGCAGUGGCUUUAGUUGAUCUGCUUACUUAUGGUGCGGUGAUAAAUGGAGUGUGUAAGAGAAGUUAUAUGGAUUUGGCUUUAGAUCUCCUCAAGAAGAUAGAGAAAGGUAAAAUUCAGCCAAAUGUUGUGAUCUACAACACAAUCAUCGAUGGUCUUUGCAAAUACAGAGAUGUGAAUGACGCACUCAACCUAUUCAAUGAAAUGGAGAACAAAGGAGUUAGACCUGAUGUUUUUACCUACAACUCUCUCAUAAAUUGCCUUUGUAAUUACGGAAGAUGGAGUGAUGCCUCUCGACUACUUAGUGAUAUGAUUGAGAGGAAAAUCAACCCCAAUGUUGUCACCUUCAGUGCGUUGAUCGAUGCGUUUGUGAAAGAGGGAAAGCUUUUGGAGGCUGAGGAAUUAUACAAGGAGAUGAUUAACAGGUCUAUAAAUCCUGAUAAUAUUACUUACAAUUCAUUGAUCAACGGACUUUGCUUGAACGAUCGUCUAGACGAGGCCAAAGAGAUGUUUACUUCGAUGGUUAGCAAAGGUAUUCUCCCAAACGUAGUGACUUAUACUACUCUUAUAAAUGGAUUUUGUAAGUCUAAGAGAGUAGAAGAUGGUAUGGAACUCUUCAGGGAGAUGUCUCAAAGAGGAAUUGUUGGUGACACAAUCACGUAUACCACUCUUAUCCAAGGGUAUUUCCAAGCUGGCGAUUGUGAUAAUGCCCAAGAAAUCUUCAAACAUAUGGUUUCUAGUGGGGUGCCUCGUGGUAUUAGGACAUACAACACUUUGUUAAAUGGUCUUUGUAACAACGGGAAGCUAGAGAAAGCAUUGGUCAUAUUUCAGGAUAUGCAGAAGAGUGAAAUGGAACUUGAUAUUGUUACAUAUAGUAUCAUCAUUGAAGGAAUGUGCAAGGCUGGUAAGGUGGAAGAUGGAUGGGAUUUGUUUAGCAGCCUCAGCCUUAAAGGAGUAAAACCGAAUGUUGUAACCUACACUACAAUGAUCUCGGGCUUAUGUAGGAAAGGCUUAAAGAAGGAUGCAUAUGCCUUAUUCAGUAAAAUGAAAGAAGACGGGCCUAUCCCAAAUAGCGGUCCAUAUAAUACGCUGAUUAGGGCAUAUCUUAGAGAUGGUGACGAAGUAACAUCAGUCAAACUCAUCAAGGAAAUGAGGAGUUGCAAAUUCUGUGGAGAUGCUUCAACAAUAAGUUUGGUCACUAAUAUGCUGCAUGAUGGGAGAUUAGACAAAAGCUUUCUGGAGAUGCUUUCUUGAAACAGUUUACUAUCCUUGAGAAACGGAUUGCAGAGCAACCACCUUCGCUUGAAAGCAUUAAUGAGGUCCUGGCUUAAAGCUGAUACCGCAAAAUCUACCAAGAAUGUGCCUCAUCAGCGAUCCAAUUCUCAGAAACAGCAAAAUGUGUGGUAGUCUUCUCAUACUCACAGC